GACGGGGGGCGACAAAGAGACAUCUGCGUCUCACCUACACCACCACAAGCCUGAAGACGAAGAAGACAUUUAGCCGUGUUGGAGGCAGCAAACCACAGGGCAGGCGUUUUGUUGUCGAUCGUGUGAACACUUGGGCAGCUGUUUUUCUACACACAUCAUGCUGAAAGAGUUUAAACCUUAAGACGCUUCAACGCCGUUUAGCUUCAUGGAGACGAACGCGGCUGUUGCACUGAAUGCGGUUCCUCCGGACGGACACGUUAUUGCCAGCGACAAGUGGAGAAACUCGUCACUUAUUCAAAGUUUGAAGGGGUCAGACAGUUGAGAUAAAGACAGGAACUGUUUUAGUGUGCCAGCUCCCGAAUGCACCCUGUCUCUCAGCAUGUGUACCUGUGCUGCAGGUGGAGGUGUGAAAAUCCUCUUUGAGAGUGCGCUUGGCGUGGCAGAUUUCCACCUGCCCAACAAAAGCUGCGUCCUCUAUGUGUCCGAGUGCGAUAUCAUAGCAGGAAGUGCCUACAAGAGGAAACUGGUUCGCUACCGGAAUAGUGGCAGCAGCUUCCAGGAGCUGGUGCUGGUGGAGACGACUCGACUCAGUGAGCAGUACUUCUCUGCUGUGCAGCGGUUUGUGGUGUUCGACCUGGGCCUGACUCUGCUGCCGGUCAGCGGGCAGACCGACGCCUCUCAGCUCAUCACUCAGAUUGUUCACGGGGACGGCAGGGAGAACCCCUUCAGGAGGAGGAGUUCCUUAAGGCUCUUGGACCCUCUGGUCCUGGCUCUGGUCCAGCAGGUCCCAGGGGUCGGCAGGGUCAAAGCUCUGGCCCUGCUGCAGCACUUCUCCAGCAUCCAGCAGCUCUGCAAUGCAACCCCCGCCGAGCUGGAGUCCAUCGUGGGAUCAGCUGCAGCUCAGCAAAUCCACAGCUUCUUCCACAAAGCCACUGCAGCUGCUACCUGAAGGCUGCCCUCCGGCUCCGGUUCAGCUCGGUCGCACGCUGACUGCUAAGACGUCAGACUCUGCAGUGUUUUGAUGAGUGUACUGACUUAAAGAAUGUGCAUUUGUUUACUACUGACUGUGUGAGCAGACAGGUUUAAGAGACAUCAGUCUGAGCCAAUCAACAGAGAGCUCAGACAGUGGCUUUGGUUUGGUGAUUGGUUUUAUUUUUGCACUGCACAAUAAAGAAAAAUCAGACAUUUGUAGCAUCA